AUGGAAACCAAGGAACUUAAACGAGAUAUGACUCUUUCCUUGCUAGAGGAUUCUUAUGUUAGAGAUUUUCACGAAGGUGGUAACGGUAUUAUAUUAAAAGAAGUAGUUAAAGAAGUUGGGAUGAUGAAAGGAACAGCUGGUAUCAAUUUGUAG